GCUCAGAGCCAGACACAGGCCCCUCCCGCUGAUUAACAUGCUCGUGCUGAUUCAUAGACCGGAGCAACUUCAUUGCUUCUGCGGGCAGCGCGUCCUCUGUCGAUCCAGCCACUACGUACGUCCACUCCAUGUCAUUACUAGUACGUUCUGGAACCUGCCCAGGCACCUGUAGAGAGUCCUUGUAUACCAAGCCUUGUAUACCAAGGGCGGAUGCUGAGGGUGCGUUCUGUGGUGACGCACCUUGAUGUCGAUCGGGAUGCUGACUGAACCAUGCAUCGAGCGGAGCUUCUCAGCUUCUCAAUUCUCAAGUUCUCCAUACCACGUACAGGCAAUUGAGGAUUUGAGUAAAAUGCAGUAUUUAGUACCUGAUAGUCUAGUCGAGCUGAGCUCCAACGGCCCCCUCCCCAGUCAAUCAUAAGGCUCGCACAUGUGGAUCGACACGUACACGUCCAUUUCAUAUGCUCAAGCUCUCAAUGCUGACGAGAUGCUUACAACGAGAGCAGACCAGACGAGCAAUCAAUUGCACCCCGACGCAAUCAGGCAUCAUGGCCCCAUUGGCGACUCUAAGCAUGUCCUAAGACACUUUGCUUGCCCACGAACAUCCCGCCUGCAUUCGCUUUGCAGUGGACUGCUGCAACAGCCAGCAACGUCGGCGACUCGGCGACCUGGCGACCUUCAUGUUGCUACUCUACGAAGUAAUCUGUUGCGUGCACAUACACGCACAAGCAAUGAAUGCACCACUGCCUGCCUGCCUGCCUGCCUACGUACCCCUGGCCGGCACCGAAAGCGGACAACGGUCCCCCUAGCAGACCGGAAGAGGCCCCCCCCUGAUCACUUCUCUUGGCCUGCCUGGCAUACGUACGUAUCUGGCACUGUGCUCUUCCCGCAUACGCCGCUCCCGAUAUCCUGCUCUGCCGCGGCCAAUCGCAGCCUGCUCUCACCCAAGCCCGUCACUAUGGGCCGUGGGUCGUCUGGGUCGUGCCGCAGCAGUUCAGCUACCAUGGCACUCGCUAACUGCAAGACCACGUCCUGGUUGCCAAACAAAGGCCUUCGCGGGGAUGGGUCUGCGGCUCACGUCUCAUCUCUCCAUCUCUCCGUUGAGAUCGGGGAGGCACCAGUUGUGGCGUCCAGCAUUGCCUGGCAAGCAGCAGCACUGUUGGCUCCUCCGCGGAGUUGCUGCUGAUGCGCCGUUUCGUCUUCCCGGCGCAGACAAGGCUCGGAGUAUCGCCAGUCAAGCAUCGUGGAACGCACCGAGUGUCCUGGUGGUCCAUCAUGUCUUUGC